UAUAGUUUCUGUUCUUCUUCAUCCUGGAACUUUUAGGCUUCUUGUUGUAGGUUUUCUUCUGAAUCAUCAUGUCUUAACAUCUAAGAUGAGUAACAAGAGAUCGAUCAAGAAAGUAAUGAGAUGUGGAUUGAUAAAACAAUGUUUUAUUUUGAUCUAAAAAGAUAUAACAGUAUUUUAUAUACCCUUUUACCAUAUACUAAUUAAUCUAUAGAAAAUGAUCAAAAUACGAUUUGAAAACCGACAUCAUAUCGUCAUCCAUCCACCACGCAUGCCUAGAUACAAACCUAACUGGUGUUGCGAAGGCCAUCACACUAUUUAAUUACUUCCAUUUUGCACUUUUCCUCUCCCACAAACACAAACUUUUAGGUUCCAAGAAGAGAAGUACAGAGAAAGAAUACACACAUUCUCAGUUAGAUUUUCUUUAUUCUCCUUUUUAUAUAUACUAUUUUAAGUUGAUACUUGGCUGAAUGCAUCAGUCUUCUUGCCUGUGUUUUUUUUUUGUUUUUCCUGAGUAAAUAAAACUCAACAGAAUUUUUUUUUAAACGGAAGCUGCUGAGAAAAGUCUCUUCUCUUUCCAAUGGCUUUUCUGGCCACAUCCCACUUUUAGCUUCACAUACGCAACAAACUAUUCCACCGUUAUGUCAUUAACGCAUAGAGAUGAGAAAAGUAAACACUGCAUCUAGAUUAUGUAAUAUGCGUAACUUGGUUUACAUACCACAUUUAUAUAUUAAGUGUAUGACUAUAUAUGUGUUAGAGACCUAAAUAUUACGUACCUAAUAUUGUAUCUAACUUCUUAAGUCAGAAGUGGAUACUCUCCUAGACAGCACUCUAACUAAUUCACUUUUCGGUUCUUAAAUAAUGACACAUAAUUUCCUUUCCUACAAUUAUUGAAUAAACAACUAAAUGUUGUCUCCAACUCGUGAUAAAGCAUUACUUUUGUAUUAUUGCAUUUGAACUUUCUAUAAUUUAACAAUCCCUUACCCACAAAUCAAAAACAUCCGGGUUUUCAUGGAUUUCAAUAAUUAAAGUUGAUUUUCGGUUAAGAUGCAUGGGUGCAAAAAAAUAUUAAAAAGAAAACUUAGGUCAUGUAUCCAGAUGUUACAUUUAGAUUUAUGCAACUUUUAUACACCAUCGUGAUAUUGCUCGGUUUUUAAACUAGCUUUUGCUUUUAAGAUGAUGCAUUUGGAUUCAAAUAUUGUUUAAUUUUGAAUUUUUAGGAAAAUCUGGAUGCAGAAUAUAUCUUUUUUUUUUUUUUUUGUAACACAAACUUAUAUUAAAAGCUCAAUGAGCAUAAAAGUUUACAACUGGAUCAGAGGAUCCCGGAGCAUGCUCAAACGGUACAACGAUAAUAGAAAGCAUUACUAAACAUGGAAAGAUAUACCCUAUAAGAGGCGAGUUAAGCUCAACAAGAUGAAGAACCCCAUGGAGAAACCUCACCUUAAUCUCUAAGGCGAUUGUUCGACAGAACAAUUGAUAGUUGAAGACGACGUUGAAACACCAAUAAGAUGCAGAAUAUAUCUAAACCAAGAUUGGUAUGUUUUUGGUUAUAAAGUGAAAACAAAGACUAAUAACAGUAGAGAGAAAGGUUUGUUGGUAUGGGCUGCUCUCUGUCGAAGAAGAAGAAAAUUGCAAUACCACCGCCGGGAUAUGAGGAUCCGGACCUUCUUGCAUCCGUUACGCCGUUUACGGCAGCAGAAGUUGAAGUUUUGUAUGAAUUGUUCAAAAAACUAAGCAGCUCAAUCAUCGAUGACGGUCUUAUUCAUAAGGAAGAGUUUCAGCUGGCUUUACUCGGAAACAGGAACCGGAACAAUCUUUUCGCUGAUCGGAUAUUUGAUGUAUUUGAUGUGAAGCGUAAUGGAGUGAUCGAGUUUGGUGAAUUUGUUCGGUCUUUAGGUGUCUUCCAUCCAAAUGCACCUGUCCAUGAAAAGAUCAAAUUUGCUUUCAAAUUGUACGAUCUAAGGCAAACUGGAUUCAUCGAGCGAGAAGAAUUGAAAGAGAUGGUAAUAGCGCUUCUUCACGAAUCUGAACUUGUUCUUUCUGAAGAAAUGAUCGAAGUAAUGGUGGAUAAGGCGUUUACUGAAACAGAUCGCAACAAUGACGGGAAAAUUGAUGUAGAUGAGUGGAAAGAUCUUGUGUCCAUGAAUCCGGCGCUCAUCAAAAACAUGACAUUGCCCUAUCUAAAGGACAUAAAGGCGACGUUUCCAAGUUUUGUUUUAUCUAGUGAAGACGAAGAACUGGAGUUGCAAAACCUAUAUUUCUAAUCCAUGCAGGUUGCCAAAAUAUUGUUCUAGUAUCUCCUACGUGACACAAGUAUCAAAGAACCAAGAAAGGCAUAGAAACAGGGAAGGAACCAUUUCCUUACAAUUUGAAUAUGUUAGCUACAAAGGUCUUAAAUACCUCAGAGCAUCGUUAUCCCUGUCUCUUAGAUAGGUUUGUUAAGGUAAUUAGAAUUAAAAAAAAAAUGUAAUAAACAAUGGAGAUGUCUCUUAAUUAAGCACUGGAAGAGCAGUCUCUUAUCUUCCUCUCUUCGCCUUCCUCUCUCUUCCUCUCUAUCUCUUCCUCUCUGUCUAUCUUUGGUCUUUAUAAACAACAUAACCCUCACACUCUCUCUACACAAGAUCAAUCCAACUUUUGUGAGCUUUGAGGGAAAAAGGUGUCGACUUCAAGUACAGGGACGAGAAUCUGAGGGAGAAGAGCCCUCUGCUUCUCCAGAUGAACCCAGUUCUCAUCCAUAACGGUAAA